AUGUCCGCUAUUCGAGUCCGUCACGCCACAAAGCCUACCAAGGCUGAGUUAGAUAGCGCCGCUGCGGUUCUGGAACAGGCUUUCAAGGAUGACGCUUUCGUGAACGCCUGCAUUGGAGGAGAUCAAACAUUGAACUUCGAUUUCCAGCGGGCUACGAUCGCUGCUACUGCAAUCGGAGGCCAGCUCUGGUUCGCGAGCUACGGCGAUGUCGAUAUCGCAGGCGUCGCCGCAUGGUUUCCUCCCGGGAGAGCUUUACUUGACAGUGAAGAUCAAGGUGAAGCAGGAUUCAACGAAUUACUGGGGAAGAAGUUCCCACCCGAGCUCUCCAAGUGGUGGACAGAAUACUUUCUUCCUAAAUACGAGGAACAAGUCGAACACGCCCUAGGGGAAGGGAAGAAGGUAGCAUCUUGGCACCUCCAAAUGUUCGGAGUCCUACCAGAGCUUCAGAACAAGGGAAUUGGUACCGCCCUCAUGCAAGCAAUCGAACCAAAGGCCCACGCCGAGGGUAAGGCGGUUGUUCUUGAAACCGAGAGUGAGCGCAAUCAAUGGAAAUACGAGAGCAAGAGCCACGAGCAAUACGAGAGCGCCGCAGGAGGUUUCCCUAUCACGCGUGCGGCCGCCGAGGUAGACCGUGCUGCCACCAUACUCGCCGCCGCGUUCUCCGACGACGAGUUCACGAAAACCUGUUUGGGUGGCGACAUGUCCCUCAACUUUGCGUUCCAGCGCGCGACGGCCGCGGGGGCCGCGAUCAAUGGCGAGCUGGAGAGGGAGAAGUUGUCGGAGUUUCAGCGUGAUUCCCGCCAGAUCGCGCGUUGCUCGACAGUGGCUGAGCCCCGGUGCGGGAAGCGAGGACCAGGGCAAGGCGGGGUUCAACGAACUGCUGGGGAAAAGUUUUCACCCAAGCUGGCGAAGCGGUGGACGGAAUACUUCUUGCCGAAGUACGAGGAGCAGGUCGAGGGCGCGCUGGGGAAGGGCGCGAAGCUGGCGUCGUGGCAUUUGCAGCUAAUAGGUGUGUUGCCGGAGAAGCAGAAUAAGGGCGUCGGGAGCGCACUGAUUAAAGCUGUUCAGGCUCAAGCGGCGGGAAAGGCGAUUGUGCUCGAAGCUGAGACGGAGCGGAAUGUUGCGAUGUACCGCAAGUGGGGGCUCGAGUCCAAGAGCGAGGAGCGGUACGAGAGUCGCUUCGGCGGGUUCACGAUGUGGGUGAUGACCGAAGUGCCGGCGGCAUGA